AUGGCCUCAUAGGACUCCACUAUGAUUCGAUACGUGUCGUGAUCGUCGCGAUCAUGCGACUCGUGUCUGUCCGAUCUGGUACCAAUCCGUAGUUCACGGCAGAAAGAGAAAGAUCUCGCGGCGCCUGAGCUCGCGUUGAACUUGUAUAAUCUUUUUCGCUUGACUCUCUAAUCUGAGAUUCGAAUUUGCUACUAUAACCAUGUCAACUGGACCUACACACAAACAUCGUUAUAAAAACGUAGGGUUAGAUUCACAAGAAUUGCGGAGACGCAGAGAAGAAGAGGGAGUCCAAUUAAGAAAACAGAAACGUGAACAACAAUUAUCAAAACGCCGCAAUGUUCCUAACAUUGUUGCGGAUGAAGAUAAUGUUACAUCCACAGAUGAAUAUUCACUUCCUACAGCACAAUCACAAUCUCCUGGUAUUAUAACAUCUGACAUGGUAGAUGCAUUAUAUAGUCCUAACAUACAAGAUCAAUUGGCAGCAACGCAGAAAUUUAGAAAAUUAUUAUCAAGAGAGCCAAAUCCUCCCAUAGAUGAGGUGAUACACACAGGAAUAGUACCACAGUUUGUAGAAUUUCUUAAAAAUAAUACAAAUUGUACUCUGCAGUUUGAAGCAGCAUGGGCUCUGACGAACAUAGCAAGUGGUACAUCUCAACAGACACGUAUUGUAAUAGAUGCAGGAGCUGUUCCUACUUUUAUAUCUUUACUUGGUUCUGAAUUUGAAGAUGUACAGGAGCAAGCUGUCUGGGCAUUAGGCAAUAUUGCAGGAGAUAGCCCUGAAUGCAGAGAUCAUGUAUUAGCCAACGGUAUCCUUACGCCACUCCUGCAGCUGUUAUCGAAGGCAACACGACUUUCUAUGACUCGCAAUGCGGUAUGGGCAUUAUCAAACCUCUGUCGAGGAAAAAAUCCAGCACCGGCUUUUGCAAAGGUUGCUCCAUGUUUGCCGGUGUUAGCGCAUCUUCUCAAUCAUACUGAUUAUGAUGUACUUGCUGAUGCUUGUUGGGCUCUUUCUUAUUUAAGUGACGGUCCAAAUGAUAAGAUACAAGCAGUUAUUGAUGCUGGUGUUUGCAGACGUCUCGUGGAACUUCUUAUGCAUGAACAAAAUAAUGUAAUAAGUGCAGCUCUUCGCGCUGUAGGAAAUAUAGUUACUGGAGAUGAUGUGCAAACGCAAGUUGUAUUAAAUUGCUCGGCAUUACCAUGUCUAUUACAUCUUUUAAGUUCGCCACGGGAAAGUGUUCGAAAAGAAGCUUGUUGGACAGUCUCUAAUAUCACUGCCGGUAAUCCUCAACAGAUACAAGCGGUGAUUGACGCUAAUAUUUUUCCGGUUUUAAUUGAAAUUUUAAGUAAAGCUGAAUUUAAAACACGAAAGGAAGCUGCAUGGGCAAUUACAAAUGCUACCAGUGGCGGAACAGCUGAUCAAAUCCGAUACCUUGCAAUGCAAGGAUGUAUUCCACCACUUUGUGACUUGCUUACAGUUAUGGAUGUCAAGAUCGUUCAGGUUGCUUUGAAUGGAAUAGAAAAUAUUUUACGUCUAGGAGAACAAGAUGCAACUAUGCAUAAUGGUCUCAACCCUUAUGCAGUUCUUAUUGAGGAAUGUUAUGGCCUAGACAAAAUAGAAUUCUUACAAUCCCACCAGAAUAUGGAUAUCUAUCAAAAGGCCUUUGAUAUUAUUGAGCGAUACUUUGGAUCUGAGGAAGAAGAUACUAGACUUGUACCUUCAAUUGAUUCACAGGGACAAGAAUAUCAAUUUACUGCACCAGAUUCUUCCCAGUUGCCAGUACAAGGCUUUGAAUUUUAAUCAGCUAUCUUUCAAUUUCUGAAACUUUCGUUAAAUGUUAAUGUUAUUUGUUCUACAGGGAUUUAUAUGUUCUAAAAAUCGGUACAUCGAUCUGUAUUAAAAUUAUUAAUAGUGACCAAAAAAUAUCUAUUCAUCAAAGUAAAAGCAGUAAAGGGUCUUUAUACAUUUUCAGUUGA